CCCGCAGCAGCCGGAGCCGGGCAACCGGAGCCGCCGUCCGGGGGCAGCUCAUGAGCCCCGGGCUGCGGAGCCGCUGCUGCCCGGAGCCGCUCGGGGGUGAAUGAACGUGUCCCGGCCGCAGCGGCGGCUUCGGCUCGGGCUGCGCGCACAAGAUGGACGGUUUCGCCGGGAGCUUGGAUGACAGCAUCUCAGCUGCAAGCACGUCUGAUGUCCAGGACCGCCUGUCAGCCCUGGAGCUGAGAGUGCAGCAACAAGAAGAUGAAAUCACUGUGCUCAAGGCAGCGCUGGCUGAUGUGCUGCGGCGUCUCGCUAUCUCUGAAGAUCAUGUAGCUGCUGUGAGAAAAUCAGCACCAAGCAAAGGUCAGCCAGGCCUCCGAGAAGCGAUCUCGAUGUCCUGUAUAACCAAUGGGAGUACAGGAAGCAGGAAAACAAGCCACAGUUCAUCUGUUUCUGUUGCCAGGAAAGAAACCCUUUCGUCUGCUGCAAAAAGCGGUACAGAGAAAAAGAAGGACAAACCCCCAGGACAGAAAGAAAAAAAAGAGGAAUCUCAUUCCAAUGAUCAGAGUCCAGAAACUCAAGCAUCACCUUCUCCCCAGCCCUCCUCCCAGCCUCUCCAAACACACAGGCAAAGCCAGGAAAGCAAGAGUUCUCCUCCAGCUAAAAGCUUAAAGAAAUCCCUGACUGCUGAGAAACCUCACAGUGCUUGGGAGAGCGCGGAUGACAGCCGGAACAAGCUGCUGAGAGCAGCAUCGAGGUCUAAGUUAAUAUCAAAAGUGGCAAAGAACGCAGAUAAGCACAAAGAUGUCAUCGUCAGCCAAGCAAAAAUGUCAACUCGUGAAAAAAACAGCCAAGAGGGAGAAUACAUCAAGAUGUUCAUGCGAGGUCGACCAAUCACAAUGUUCAUUCCUUCAGAUGUAGAAAACUAUGAUGAUAUUAGGACAGAGCUGCCUCCUGAGAAGUUAAAACUGGAGUGGGUAUAUGGGUAUCGUGGAAGAGACUGUCGAGCCAACGUUUACCUCCUCCCGACCGGAGAAAUCGUGUACUUCAUAGCCUCAGUGGUGGUACUGUUUAACUACGAGGAGAGAACUCAGCGGCACUACUUGGGUCACACAGACUGCGUUAAAUGUCUUGCAGUUCAUCCAGACAAAAUUAGAAUUGCAACAGGACAGUUAGCUGGAGUGGAUAAAGAUGGAAGGCCUCUGCAGCCCCAUGUUAGGGUAUGGGACUCGGUGAGCCUGGUGACGCUGCAGGUUAUCGGCCUCGGCACCUUUGAGCGUGGAGUGGGGUGUUUGGAUUUCUCCAAAGCGGACUCUGGUACUCAUCUGUGUGUAAUCGAUGACUCCAAUGAGCACAUGCUCACGGUGUGGGACUGGCAGAGGAAGUCAAAAAUAGCAGAAAUCAAGACUACAAAUGAAGUUGUUCUUGCUGUAGAAUUCCAUCCAACUGAUGCAAAUACCAUAAUAACAUGUGGCAAAUCUCAUAUAUUUUUCUGGACCUGGAGUGGCAAUUCAUUAUCAAGGAAGCAAGGGAUAUUUGGGAAAUAUGAAAAACCCAAAUUUGUUCAGUGUUUGGCUUUUUUGGGAAAUGGUGAUGUGCUCACUGGAGACUCAGGUGGGAUAAUCCUUAUAUGGGGCAAAACUACUGUAGAAUCUACUCCAGGAAAAGGAUCUAAAGGAGUAUAUCAGAUAAGCAGACAAAUCAAAGCUCACGAUGGCAGCGUGUUCACACUCUGUCAGGUGAGGAAUGGGAUGCUGCUAACUGGAGGUGGGAAAGACCGGAAGAUCAUCCUGUGGGAUCAUGAUUUGAAUCCUGAAAGGGAAAUUGAGGUUCCUGACCAGUAUGGAACAAUCAGAGCAGUGGCAGAAGGAAAAGCAGAUCAAUUCUUAGUGGGUACUUCACGAAACUUUGUCUUGCGGGGCACAUUUAAUGAUGGUUUCCUGGUAGAGGUACAGGGACAUACAGAUGAACUCUGGGGACUGGCAUCCCAUCCUUUCAAAGACCUGUUCUUAACAUGUGCCCAAGAUAGGCAAGUUUGUAUGUGGAAUUCUGUGGACCACACACUGGAAUGGACCAGGCUGCUAGAUGAACCAGGGCACUGUGCUGACUUCCAUCCCAGCGGAGCAGUGGUCGCAAUAGGAACGCACUCGGGCAGGUGGUUUGUUCUGGAUGCGGAAACGAGGGAUCUGGUUUCAAUACACACUGAUGGCAAUGAGCAGCUCUCGGUGAUGCGCUACUCAGUAGAUGGCACCUUACUUGCAGUUGGAUCCCACGACAACUUCAUUUACCUCUACGUAGUAACAGAGAAUGGAAGAAAGUAUAGCAGAUAUGGAAAAUGCACUGGACAUUCCAGCUAUAUUACACACCUUGACUGGUCCCCAGACAACAAGUAUAUAAUGUCAAACUCAGGAGACUAUGAAAUACUAUACUGGGACAUUCCAAGUGGCUGUAAGCUAAUCAGGAAUCGUUCUGACUGUAAGGAUAUAGAUUGGACAACAUACACUUGUGUGCUAGGCUUCCAAGUGUUUGGAGUGUGGCCUGAGGGAUCAGAUGGGACAGACAUCAAUGCCCUUGUCAGAUCCCGGAACCGAAAAGUGAUAGCAGUUGCUGAUGAUUUUUGUAAGGUCCAUCUCUUUCAGUAUCCCUGUUCCAAGCCAAAGGCUCCAAGUCACAAAUACAGCGCUCACAGCAGCCAUGUGACAAACGUCAGCUUCACCCAUAGCGACUGUCACUUGAUUUCAACUGGAGGGAAAGACAUGAGUAUUAUCCAGUGGAAACUCGUGGAGAAGGUGACUCUGCCACAAAAUGACAUUGUCGUGGACAUCGGCGCAACCAAAGUGCCCAUCCCUGCCGGUGACAACGGUGCUCAGCCCCCUGCCCCUCUGCCACAGCCUUUCAAUGACAUGAACCAGACCGAGAGUGUAACUGGCAGCUCCCCAGCCUCUUUGGAGAGCAACUUGGAGCAGUCUGCAGAGGCCAGCGAGGAGCAGAGCGAGGAGCAGAGCGAGGGGAGCAGCCUGGAUCCCACUGAGCCGGGCGAUGAGGAGCCCUGCAAUGAGAUGAGUGAGGAGCACAGCGAGGCCACGGUCACUGAAGAGCAGCAGGAGGACUCACCAGUGUCUUAAUGCUCCCAGCUCAGGCGGUUGUGGUUUCUUUUGGUGUGCGUGCUUUCAUUACAGGGUGAGGGUUCAAUAGGGAGAAGUAGCUGGGGUUCGUGACCACUCCGGCUUUUUGAGUUUCAGUGAGAUUUCUAUAGUCUGAGCUUCAGUUCGAUGUGUGGAACCAUCCCAAGGGCCUGGCUUUGAUGGUCUGUGUCAAGAUCCGGUCACAGUUAGUAGUGGACAUUACCAUAGAUCCGUUUCAGUUCUGAAAUUGCUGUCAGGAAGUGGCAUGAAAUACAUACUGGAGAAAAAGGUUAGCUCUGAGAAAUUAGCUCAAGUAAACCACCUUAACUAUGUGAAGUGCUGAGCUGCUGGGAAGCACUGAGCUGCUCCAGCUGGGGAGCACUGUGACACAAAGACAACCAAAAAGCUCCUCGGUUGGGGCUGUUCUCCUUUGGUUUUUCUUCAUGAGAAAAAGAGAAGAGAAAACAAUGUCGUGGUGCCACGUGUAUGGCAAUGCCUUCUUGACCUAACACAUAUGCAAUUUUCUAACACUACUAAUUCCUAGUGGAGUCUGGAUGUGUUGGCAGUUGGGCUGCCCUGGGUGCUGCUAGUUCUAAGGCAAAUCCUGUCGAGGAGCAGUGUUGGCUGUUCCGCUUUCAGACUGGUUAACAACAGACUAACCCAGUGCUGUCGUGUUUCACCUUUCAUGACCUGAAACUGUAGGAUGCCAUUGUCUCGUCAAGGAAUCGCUUGCCUAGAGAGUUUGAAGCUUCAAGAGGAUCUUUACAGUGACUUUGAUGUGGACAGCAGAGGAAGCAGGACAAGAACACACAAGUCAGAUGGGCUCCAGAGUUACACAUUAAGCCUUCAGUCAGAACUUGCUCCAUCCCUAGUAGGAGAACUAUAAAUACAGUUAACUUAUUAAGUUGGUGCUUAGGAUUAGUGUAUUCAGUUGAUAAUUCUGCGUUUGUAGAGAGAACUCUUAGGAGUCAUUAAGCUGCAGUCUCGGUUUUUGCUCCCCCUGGCUCCGUUAGCGGUUGGGAUAGAAGCACACAGGCAUUUAGAUGAGGAUGAGGAUGUGAUUUUCUCUUUAUUUCUUCCCCUAGAUUUGCUGAUUUCCUGUUUUUGUGCUCUCAUUUGUUUGUUUGUUUCCACCCCCCCUCCCUGGGUUGCUCUAAGCCAUGCAGCUCUCAUGUGGCUAUACCUGGCCAGUUACGGGAUAUCUUGGCAUUUGUUAUGCAUUUGGAAAGUACCUUUUUUUACCACGUUUGUCAGAUAGCUACAGUUUUCCCUUAAGUACAUACGUUUCCUACUUUAAAGAGCUAUAGACUUACUGACAGAUAGCCAUUUCCUAUGUACUUGUUUAUAUUUUGAUUACAUAGAAUUCUCUUCUUCUUUUUUAACUCGCUGCAUCAUGCUGGUAUUUUAGUUCUUAGGUAGGAUAUCAUGUUUAGAAACUUUGGAUGAGUUCAUAAGUCUUAAUUGUGCAAGUGUUUACGUGAUUGUGCCAUUCCAAAGUGCAUCAGAACUGUCAUUCCCUUACUAGUAUCUUCUCAGGAGAAAUGCUACAGAUCAGGUAUUUAGUCAUCAUUUGGAAAUUAAAAAACAAAUGGACUCCCAAAGGACAUUUAGAACAUUUAUAUAUAAAAUAUAUAAAUAUAUAUAUACACACAUAUAUAUAUAAAAAAUUAUCCUCUUGUUUACAACAGUUCCAGAAAACCUCAAAGUAAUUCCCUUCAGAUGGAGGGAGAUGUGGAUUCCAAGCAACCCAUCUGUUCAAACUGUGCUCCGUAGAUAGAGUUGUAUUGGAGAGCUCCAGUUUGCCUGACGUGCAGGUUUGCCAAAUAGCAGCAAUUCAAGAGGAAGGUCAGCUCAGCAGAGGUAAUGGUUCCAAAUGAGGAAUAUGCCAUAGGAUUAGGACAUAACCUUGGGAAAGGAGGAAGGUUGUGGAGCUGAGGAGGCACAGAGCUCUCUCUGUCGGUUUCAUGAACGCCACAUAACGCAACACAUUUCUUUUAGGGACAUCUGUCACCUGGGGUUGCCACGUAAAGUGAGAGUUAUAGUUGUGAUACUCUUGUGUUUGUAGUGCAGAAGACUCUACUAAUAUGCAAAAAGCCUUACAGCUUUCCAUUGCUGGCAACUACUGUUUAACAAAUAAUGAAAUCUGUGAUAAUGGAUGGAAAUGGGUGGGAUUAUGUAACUGUAGAUGUUUUAGAGAACUUAUUGUGAAUGAAUUCUGAUUCCGAGUGUUUCAUGUGAAGAUGUUUGAGCCAUUUCUAUCUAUCAUGCAUUCCUGUCUCAAGGCAGAAAGUUUUGAAGAUUAAAUAAUAAAAUCAUCAAAAUA